ACGUCUUCUCGCGAAAGUGCUCCUGCUGUCACACCGCUAGAGAAACACCAGAGAUACGCUCCGGACCAGUCAGCUGACUCGACCUGACAGCAGCGCCCCUGAGGAAGGAAAUACCAUAUUCAUUCAUUCUCAGACGCAACCAUGAAGAAGAACAAAAGCAAAGCGAGCAGCACUGCUGAGAAGGAGUUUAUGUUUGAGUUCAGGGCAGGGAAACACAAUUGUGUCCUCAAAGUGCCUCUGCAGUUUCCUGUUCAAGAGAACAUCUGUGAUCUUCAUGGACGCCUGAUGCUGCUACAUAAAAUACCCUGCUACAUAGAGAAAGAGCUCAAAACCUCCCUUUCCAAUUUCAUUGAGAGUGAGACCAUCCUGGAUUAUGACAGAGAGGCAGAGCUGGCCCUGCAGAGACUCACAGUGGGAGAUGUAGAUGUGAACCAGCUCACCAACGCAUGGACCAGAUCUUAUGUGGAGACUACACUGGAGCAUGCUCGGCCCGAAGAGCCCAGCUGGGAUGAAGACUUUGCCGAUGUUUACCAUGAGCUGAUCCACUCCCCUGCCUCAGAUACUCUUCUCAACCUGGAGCACAACUACUUUGUUAGCAUCUCUGAGCUCAUCAGUGAGAGAGACAUGGAGAUAAAGAAGCUACAAGAGAGGCAAGCCGCUGAAAUGGAUAAAGUGAUGCAUGAGCUUGGAAAUACUUUGAGUGACCAUGAUGUAAACGCAGUUGCCUCUCAACACUUUGAUGCACAGCAGGUGUUGGAGAACAAGUGGGCCAGUGAGCUGAAGCAGGUUACUGGCAUUCAAAAGCACGAGUAUCAGCAGUGGGUCAUCAGUCUGCACCAGGACCUGCAGAAAUCCAACAACAGCAGCCAGAUUAAUGAGGAGAUAAAGGUGCAGCCCAGCCAGCUGUUGGAGCUGGCAGAUUCUGGAGCCAGGAUAUUCGAGGAGCAGCCACAGCUGGAGGAGAGUUUUACCAUUCAUUUAGGAGCACAACUGAAGACGAUGCACAACCUGCGGCUGGUCCGGUCAGAUGUGCUGGACUUCUGUAAGCACCGACGGCACGGCAGCGGUGGAGCAAAGCUGAGGCGGCUGCAGACGGCCCUCUCACUCUACUCCUCCUCACUUUGUGGUCUGGUGCUGUUGGUUGAUAACAGGGUCAACUCCUACAGUGGCAUCAAGAGAGACUUUGCGACCGUCGCAAAAGAGUGCACAGACUUCCACUUUCCCUUUCUGGAGGCGCAGCUGGACGAGGUGCAGCAGGUGUUGCUCUAUGCCAGAGCCCAGCGGAGCAGCAAGCAGAAAGAACAGCCCGAGAUUCCAAGGAACGGAGGUGACGAUAAGAGCAAAAAUCUUGAAAGAAAUCCAUCAAACAUCUUACCAGGUGAGUUCUACAUCUCGCGGCACUCCAACCUGUCAGAGGUCCAUGUGGUUUUCCACCUGUGCGUGGACGACAAUGUGCGCUCAGGGAACAUCACGGCCCGGGACCCGGCCAUUAUGGGCCUGAGAAACAUCCUGAAGGUCUGCUGCACACACGACGUCACCACCAUCACAGUCCCUCUGCUGCUGGUCCACGACAUGUCAGAGGAGAUGACCAUACCGUGGUGUCUAAAGAGAGCCGAGCUGGUAUUCAAAUGUGUCAAAGGCUUUAUGAUGGAGAUGGCCUCAUGGGAUGGAGGAAUAUCACGCACAGUCCAGUUUCUAGUGCCAAAGAGUAUCUCAGAGGAGAUGUUCUACCAGUUGAGCAACAUGCUGCCUCAGAUCUUCCGCGUCUCCUCCACCCUAACUCUCACCUCAAAGCACUAAUGGAUAGGGAUGCACCACAUUGCACCCUUGAUGCAUUCUGACUAACAGAGACUGAUUUAUUUCAACAAUUAUACAGACAAUUUGACAUUUUUCAUGAACUGUGGACUAAAGGAGUGAAGAUUUAGUGGAGAAGAAGGACAUGAACCCCAUUGAUUGAAAUGGGGUCAAGGUAAUAUGGUGGCAUUAAAGCACUUACUGAAGAUUUUCAAAAAAGAUUUAAAUGAGACAAGAGACGUUUGUAUGCAAUUGGUGAGCCUUGUUAUUUUUGCACCGUCCGCAGCUACACCCUCUGUAAAUACUUCUUACUGGAAUCAGUGGCUAAUCACUAAAGCAGCUGCUGCAGUUAUCAUUUCAAGCCUCCGGGGUGCGGUUCUGGUAACAGAGUUUUAUGACAUCAUGACAUCAGCCACCAGUGCUGCAAGCGUACCAGUUUUCCUUUAAAGCUGAGAUCUGUAGCUUUCCGCACGUUGGAGCUGCAGCGUAACGGAGAAUGAUGUGUUGGUGAAGUUGUUUUAACUCGCUGGUACGGAGUGAAAUUGCCAUCAUCAGAGCAGAAAAAAUCAAGUGUUCACUAAAGAAGUGAAGCUGGAUUUAGCGGCAAUUGGACAGGUGUGACCUAACUGUAUUAGCAACCACCCUAAAUGUGACUUUUGUAGUGUUUUAACCUCACAUUACCAUACAUAUGGAUGUAAUGACAGUGUGUUGAUUAUAAAAAAAAUUAAAAAGUCACAGAUCUCCUCUUUAAAUCAUUUAUUUUGUAUAUGAGGUCCCUCUCACGAUCACAUUUCAUCUGUUGAAUGUUCACAAAGUAGUCCUGAUGUGUGAUCACUAGGGUUAGCCAUCAUAUGAGUUGACAGUCCAAACCGAUGGGUAACUGGCUGAUUUGUCCAGAGAGAAGUGACAUAAACUUGGCUCCUUUAGUCCCGAAGAUGAAUGUCAUUGCAGCGGAGAUGAGCAAUGGGCAGGUAUUUUUUUAUGCUGCAUUGCAGAGAGUUGUAAUGAGGAUCAAUCUUUGUGUAUGUGUGGUCCCUCUUUUCUACCUCUAUAACAGCAGAUGGCACUGUUCCUAAAGACAGAUAUGUGACAAGGGGGUCUACACAGACACUUACACACUUCUCUUAGUAAAAGAGAUAAAGUUUAAAAGAGCGUCUGCUGCCUGUUGCAUUUCUUCUGAGUCCUUAUGAGCCAGGACAGACCUUUCCGAAAAAACUCAGCCUCAGUGGUCCUGUGUCUUCAGUUAAAUGUUUGUGAAUUGUGUUGAACACUCGAACCUAAUCAGAUGUGUAUUCUGUAUAUUCACUGUAUAUGUUUACAAUUUUAUGUUUGAAUAAAAACCAC